AUGGAUCAAUUGGAUUAGAAAUAGUUAGAAUAACUAAAGCAAUAGUAGGCAUAGAAGGAGCAAAUGGAAGAAAUCAAGAAGUCCAUUCUGACAUAGAUAUUGACACCUGAGGCUAAGCAGAGAUUGGCAAAUAUCAAGUUGGUGAAACCAGAGAAGGCAGAGUUGAUUGAGGUCCAACUUUGUUAAUGGGCUAAGCAAGGGAAGAUUACAAACUAGCUUUCUGAGGAGGAAUUGAUCAAAUUACUCGAAGCAGCAGAAGGAUAGAAAAAGCAAGACACUAAAGUGACUUUUAAGAGAAGGAAACUGUCGAGUGAUGACGAAGAUGACAUUUGA